AUGUCUUUGGGUGUUUCACAUCCCAAACUCAGUCCUGCUCAGCAAGUUAAUCAACUUGGUAGGAACAUUGACAUAGAAAUAGAUGAAUUAGUAGCAAAAUUUAAUAAACUUAAGAAAGAAAGCGAAGAAUUAUCUGCAAAAGUAAAAGUAUUGGACGAGAAAAAAGAAAUUUAUGAUAAAUGCGUUUCAACUCUUGAUGAACAUGAUAAUGUAAUUAAUAUAUUUAACGAUUAUACAAAAAUUAUUGAAGAUGCACAAAAAUAUCUUGAUAUAAUUGAGUCAGAUGGCAAUACAUCUCAAUACAGCACGAAAGAUGAUCACUAUUAUGAUUAUAAAGAAUGGGAACAACGAAAGAACAAAUUAGCACAAUUACUCCAAUCUCUUAACUCAAUACUUGAUAUGAUAAAAUAG